AUGGAGAACGUCCUCCCUCGUGUGGAGGCGCUGGACCGGGCGGAGGCAAGGAGGGUGCCCUUCAUCGCCGUCGUGCGCGAGGUCGCCCCGACGGCGAAGGUGCCGGAGGACGGGGGCGAGAAGGGCUUAGGGGUCGGGGAGUUCCAGGCGAGGUAUUUCCAGGGGAGGCCCGUGUAUUGGGACGAGGGCCAGGGCUUCGUGAAGGCGAUGGGCAGCCGCAAGAUCAAGCUCAAGUUCAAGUCGCCCUGGUGGAAUCCCAUUGGGCUUUUCAGGGAGGUGACAGAGGGCUUAAAGAAGUUGAAAGAGAAGGGCGUGGAGGGUAACCUGGUCGGCGACGGGAUGAUCCAGGGGGGUGUUCUGUGCAUAGGCCCGAAAGGCCAAGGCGUCACCUACGCCCAUUUUGAGGAGAACGAUCCAGACGUCGGGAUGCCAGCGGACUCCAUUGUGGACGGCGUUGCAAAGUUCGAGUUCUAA